AUGCUUAGAGAAAAAGUUGCUAAGCAGGAAUUGGAUAAGAAUGUUUAUGGAAAUCUACCAGGAUCAAAGAGCCUCUUCAAAAUGAGGUAUGACUGCAAUGAUGAGGCACUUGCAGAAGCAGUCAUUGGACCAGACUGUAAUCAUGCUCCGAUCGAUUUAAAAGCAGUCAUUGGACCAGACUGUAAUCAUGCUCCGAUCGACUUAAGUUUAAUUGGCAAAUCGGAAAAUUACCACUUAUAUCAUUUCACUACCCAGGGUUCUGAUGCGUACACUCAAAUUCAUAUAGCUUUGAACGAAUGGAAUAGUACUGUAAGACGAAUGAAUGAUGAUGGAAUAUAUAAUGGAGGAGCGAUUGCUCCAUUUGCAAAUAUGAUUUACUAUAAAUCCCUAACGCUAGGAUGUGCAAUCAAAUAUUGUACAAGCCCCGACUAUAAUAAUUGGUUCGCAAUCGCAUGCGUUUAUGGAGCCACGCCAAAGCUAGGUGAACCACUAUACUUGGCAGACUCGACGGAUAAAAAAGGAUGUAUUGCUAAUGAUUUAUGCCAAAAGCUUGUAUUGAAGAACUCGCGCUGCUCUACCAGAACAGGUCUUUGUGAGACUUACGGCAAUAAAGCUGCCCUCACAGUUGACUGUAAUUGCUGA